CCAAUUUCCUCCUUCCCCUCAUCAGACCCCCCUCAUCAUCUAGUCGUGAACUGAAGUCGAGUCCGAUCUCUCGACUCCUCACAUCUCCCUCUCUCUCUUGGCCCAAUUUCCUCCUUCCCCUCACCAUCUAGUCGUGAACUAAAUCGAACACGAUUUGUCGACUCCUCACAUCUCCCUCUCUUUCUUCGCCCAAUUUCCUUCUUCCCCUCACCAUCUUGUGUCAUGUUAUUCGUUGAAUCAAAUUGAUUUGGGUGUAUUUCAAUUUAUUGGAUUUGGGCGUGUUUUAUUGGGAGGUUGUAGGAAUGAAUUCUAAAUUGUUAGGAGCUUGCAAUAGAUCGAAUUUGAAGAUGAUUACUUUGUUGAUGCGUUUUCUGAGGUGCCCAAACCUUGAGGUUCUUUCUAUCAAGUGCUACCCGAAUGUGACUGAUGCAUCCAUCGCUGACAUAGAGUUUCGGUGCACCAUGAUUAAGGAACUUGACAUCAGCUAUUGCCAUGAAAUAUCUCCGGAGUCGCUGGUGUUGAUUGGGAAGAAUUGCCCUAAUCUCACAAUUGUUAAAUGGAUUGCAUUGAAUUUGCUAGAUCCUUCUGAACACGCUAGGAUUGUUCCUGAGGAGUAUUUAAAAACUUGCCCUCAAGAUGGAAAUUCAGAAGUUGAUGCAAUUGGCAAAUCAGAGCACAACAUGUUGGUUAGGAUAUGGAAGUGGAGCUGAUGAUGUUAACUAAUAGUAGCUUUUUUUUAUUGUUGAAGGCUGUUGGUUUUGGUGAAGGUGUAAACUUUUACUUUUGGCCAUGACUCCAAUUUGGAGUGAAUUGUUAAGUUUCUAUGUAUGAAAAGAUUGUGCAGGACUCCAAUUUGGAGUGAAUU